CGGCCUCCUCCGUUGGAGGGAGAGCGGGAGUCCGGCUUAGGUAGUGUGUGUGCACACCUGGGCUGCCCCUUCCUCCUUGAAACCGAGUCCUAGCCCCGCGGAGGCUGCAGCGAUGAAGGAGAGACGGGCGCCUCAGCCGGUGGUGGUCAGGUGUAAGCUCGUGCUGGUGGGGGACGUGCAGUGUGGGAAGACAGCGAUGUUACAGGUGCUAGCGAAGGACUGCUAUCCGGAGACUUAUGUGCCCACCGUGUUUGAGAAUUAUACAGCUUGUUUGGAGACAGAGGAACAGAGAGUGGAGCUUAGUCUCUGGGAUACCUCAGGAUCUCCUUACUAUGACAAUGUCCGUCCACUCUGCUACAGCGACUCAGACGCAGUAUUAUUAUGCUUUGACAUCAGCCGUCCUGAGACAGUGGACAGUGCUCUCAAAAAGUGGAGGACCGAAAUCCUAGAUUAUUGUCCCAGCACCCGUGUUUUGCUUAUUGGCUGCAAGACAGACCUGCGAACAGACCUGAGCACGCUAAUGGAGCUGUCACACCAGAAGCAGGCGCCUAUCUCUUACGAGCAGGGCUGUGCCAUAGCCAAGCAGCUGGGUGCAGAAAUCUACCUGGAAGGCUCGGCUUUCACCUCAGAGAAGAGCAUCCACAGCAUCUUCAGGAUGGCGUCCAUGGUGUGUCUGAACAAGCCUAGCCCGAUGCCCCCCAAGAGUCCGGCCCGGAGCCUCUCCAAGCGACUGCUCCAUCUUCCCAGUCGCUCCGAACUCAUCUCUUCUACCUUCAAGAAGGAAAAAGCCAAAAGCUGUUCCAUUAUGUGAAGUGGGAGUUGGAGGGGGGAGACACCCCCCACUUCCUCCCUUGGGGUGCAGAGGCACGGGGAGAGGGAGGAUGAGACAAUUUAGGACACUGGCGAGUUUUUCAGAUGGCCACGGUGAGAGCUUGGAAGGAGUCAGGAACGGGAUGAGGAGGGGUCAGGCCCAGCAUGAGGACCUGACACUGAGUGAGAACCAUCACACCCAAGCCAGGCGGUAGGCUGAGGAGGGACAGCUGUGCCAAUGCCCCCAUCCCAGAGGAGGGAAAGGUGCGGGGGCUCCAAGGGGCAUGCUGGCCUCGUGGGCUUGGGGGCUUACAGGAGCCUCACCCUCAGCGUCAUGCCGCUUCCACACAGCGAUUCCAUGCAGGCGGGGGAGGGGAGGGGUCCCCGCGCUCGUCCCUUCCCCUCCACGGAGCUGCAGAGGAACAGAGGGCUAGGAAGCCAAGAGGCAGCUCCUUUGGGAGCUUAGCCUAGGUGCUUCACAACUGAAAUCAGAGGGCAGGGGCUGGCCGGAGCCCAGGAGAGGGAGCCUCAUUUUGCAUAGCCCAUGCAUCAUGGAGAGGUGACAUCGCACACUCACAUGCUUCUCACCUGAGUCCCCAGGGUCCAAGGGAGAAGCCCCAGACCCCCUUCUCCUGCAUUGUGGGGGUGGUGGUGCUGCAGGGGCAGGCCUGGGAGGGGGUUUACCAGACUUUUCCUGCCCUUAGGGCAGCACAGCUGGCGUUCGUUUUAUAGACUCUUGUCUUUGGAAUUGGGGGGAGGGGGGAGUGUUUCAAUCUGUUAUAUGUUCUGUGUUUAAAGAAGAAAAACUAUUUAUUAAUGAAA